AUGGCCGAACCGCCCAUCGGCGAAGCUCGAUUUGCAGCCAAGACAGUCGGCAUCGGUAUGAUGGCUGCAGGAGUCUCGACGACUGUCAUUUCCUUAUUAGCUGUUUUCCUUCGAAUGUUUACGAAACUACAUGUUGCAAAACGGAUGAUCGAUCUUGGUGUUGCAUCGCAUCUCUGGCAGGCAACUUAUGCUGAUUACAAUCCCGGGUUCCCCAUUUACGGCACAUGUACGACCGUGACGUAUUCUCUCAGUGUUGUACUGACGAAACUCUCUCUCUUGUUUCUCUACCUGCGGUUGUCUCCCGAUCGAAGCUUUCGAAUCAUCGUCACAAGUCUUAUCGGAAUUGUCAUCGCUUAUUCUGUGGCCUACCAACUGCUGAGCAUCUUCGCUUGUCGCUUUAUCUACGCAUCAUGGGACGCAGAAGCACUACAGACUGCCCACUGCGUCGACAAAGGGACUAUUUAUAUGAUAUUCAGCAUCGCAAACAUCAUCAUGGACGUCGUAAUCCUUCUGCUUCCGCUGAAGAUUGUCAUUCCGCUUCAGAUGUCUCGAAGGCAAAAGGUUUUUGUCAUUCUGCUGUUCGCCACUGGGACGUUUGUCUGCGCAUCGGCGAUCAAACGAACAAUCGUCCUUCCUCCGAUGUUGGGGACCGAACAGUUCAAUUGGUCUUUCCUCGAGGCGAAUCCCGGCAUUGUGUGCGCCUCGGUCCCUGGGUUGAAGCCGUUUUUUGUUCGAUAUCUGCCAAGCUCCAUUUCUUCACGGAUUACUGGGUCUGCCGAUAAGAGCGGAAAGAAACCAUUGCCAUAUUCGACCGUCAUUGAGAACAACAGGAAGAGACGCAAUAUGCAAUCCGAAUCAUACGAAUUGUGGUCGCAUGACGAUCUUUCAGAAGAGAGUUCGGGGAAAGCGGAAUUUAGCGAUGAGGAAGCCAAGUUAUGGUCUGGAAGGAGAUACCGCAAGGACAUUGUUAAUGAGCGGGAGACAACUAUCGAAUCUGAAUCAAAUCAGCACCGAAGGACUUGUGUUGGGAUAGAUGAUACAGCUAAUGUGGUUGGCUCCAAUGGCAUUGAGCCAGCCUCAUUUGCGGAUAAAAACAGUGGUCGAACCACGCCAUCAACGGCCACACGAAUCCAAGUCACCCACGAGAACAUAGUCUCGUAUGAUCCCCGAAUAGAAUAGCUAUCUACUUGUCAAAGAAUCCUUCGCAGCUACUUCGCAGCACUUAAAUGCUUGAAAUCCCAGAUUACAGCAUGGAGGCAUAAUCGAAUGCUCCCAUGAGUGAAAUGAGGCUCGAAGGCGCCAGAAACUUUGGCCUAUCCGCAUGAGUAACGACUUCUCACAGCACUUCUCACAACACAACACCAAGCACCACUGGA